ACCCGCGAUACCUCACUAAAUCGCAACCAUGGCUCGUGGACUCAACGCGGCGCGCAAGCUGCGCCUCAACAGGAAGGACCAGCGCUGGGCGGAUCUGGGAUACAAGAAGCGUGCUCUGGGAACCGCCUUCAAGUCCUCCCCCUUCGGUGGCUCCUCCCACGCCAAGGGCAUCGUCCUCGAGAAGGUCGGUGUCGAGGCCAAGCAGCCGAACUCGGCCAUCCGAAAGUGUGUUCGUGUUCAGUUGAUCAAGAACGGCAAGAAGGUCACCGCUUUCGUCCCCAACGACGGUUGCCUCAACUUCGUUGACGAGAACGACGAGGUCCUGCUCGCCGGUUUCGGUCGCAAGGGCAAGGCCAAGGGUGAUAUCCCCGGUGUCCGCUUCAAGGUCGUCAAGGUUUCCGGUGUUGGUCUGCUCGCCCUGUGGAAGGAGAAGAAGGAGAAGCCCCGUUCGUAAACGGUCGGCUCGCAAGGGCCGUCGCGUGGAAGGAGAAACGGAAAAUUUCGGCAACUUGGAGUUCACGCUUUGCAUUGGGCAUGGAUCAUUCGGUCACGGUCCUGAUACUCUCGGAAGGCAGACAUUUGGUCGAUGAAUGAAACAAGAUCAUAAACGUCCACCUGCUUGUGGCGAGGUGUCACAAUCAACACCAGGCACGGAAAUUUUGCUUCUGCACGGCGACGAGACAUGAUACUGAACGUGCCGUCGAUGAUGAAUGACGAACGAGAGAAGCAGGCGUGGUUAUGAUGUACAGGUACAACGUGAUACAUUACAGUCACAAACGUCUUACAGGUCUAUCG